AAUGAAGUGAAAUUGCAGUCGGGAAGCAUUUUCAUAACAUUCCUUAACUCGCGGAAACGCACUCUGCUUUAACAGCUCGAAAUCUGUUGUGUCAGGCAUCAAACUGUCAUCUUAGGCACAGAUUUGAGGGGAUAGCCUUGGCCUAUCUUGGACUACACAAGAUGGCCUUGACUCUGACCGACAGAGUCAUUGGGGCAAUCAUAGGGUCCGCUGUUGCAGAUGCAGCAGCACAACCCCUACACUGGGUGUAUGACCAGCAGAAGCUCAGUAGCCUUUUGUCCCAAGAUAGUCCCCCAGAAUUCCGCCCGGAGUCUGCAAAUCCCUUCUACAGAAGGGCAACUGGCAAUCAAAGUUGCUAUGGAGAUCAAGCUUAUGUUCUCCUUGAAUCGUUGUCAGAGUGCAAAGGUUUGAACACUGAUGAUCUGAAGCAGCGCACAUACAAGUUCUUUGGGCCAGGAUCAGAGUAUGAUACCCCUGUCAAUGAUCCAUACAGAGAAAAAGGAGGUCCAAGACCACAGCUGCCCAUUGAAGGACCAUGGAGACAUGCAAGUAUUAAAGGUUUCAUUAAGAAUGUGGACGCUGGAAAAGAAAACACAGGUUGUGAGGAAGACAACCAGAUUGAUGGAAUUGCCAAGCUUGCUCCCAUUGUAGCUCUGUAUGCUGGGAAACCAGACAUGCUGGAAAAAGUAGAAGAUGCAGUCCGUGUUACCCAGAACAACGAUCUGUGUGUGGCCGAGACACUCGCAGCAGCCAGGUUCUUGGAGCAUUUCAUUUUGAAGGCUGCAGAUCCAGCUGCCUUUGAUUGUGUGAUAGCGCAACUUAAUGACCCCAAGCGUAAGAACUCCCAGGAACUGGAUAAAGCUGUAGCCGGACACCUCUAUCAAGUGAAAGAACAGCUUUCUAAGACACCUAAGGAACUGAUUCCCACUGUUUUCACAAAUGCCUGAGGUUUGCCUGGUGCAUUCCAAGCAGCUCUGCAUGGGGUUCUGACAGCCACAAGUUUUGAACAGGCUGUGAGAGAGACCAUGAGCUGUGGGGGUUGCACCUGUAGCAGGAGCUCCUUCAUUGGGGCUUGUAUUGGAGCUCAGGUUGGACCUGAAGGGAUCCCAAAUGCAUGGAAGACCAAGACACUGCAAUACAACUCCUUGAUUGAACAUGCAAAGAAGAUUGCUGAACUCCACCAGGCAUAAAUGUGCCAUUCUUCAUAUGUGUGGAUUUGACUGAGAUGCUAUUGUAAGGGAAUGUUACGGUUUUACAGUACACUUAAUGAAAGCUCCAGCUCAAACAUUUGAAAGGUUGGAACUUGAUGCCUUGUGUGAUGUUAAGUCAAGACAUGCCCAAAUAACUUUCAUUAAAUCAGUUUGGAUUAUU